CAUUCAUCGGCAAUGGCGUCCACGAUCAACAGGCUCUUGCACCACAUAGCACUGUUCCUCCUCCUCGCGCAGCUCACCGAUUCAGCACUCGUCCCAAAAACCGACAACCAUCCUGACCACAAGCCUCAGCAGUCGAACACCUACAUCGUCCAUGCCAACUACCUCGCCAAGCCGCCCCACUUCGCCACGCCGGAGCAUUGGUACCAUUCCAUGGUGGCCGCUCACUCCCCUCGGGCCGCCAACACCAGCGGGCGAAUCUUGUACACGUACGGCACCGUCAUGGACGGCUUCGCCGUCCAGCUCACUGGCGACGAGGCCCGGCGCAUGUCCAGCGCCCCCGGCGUCUCCGCUGUGUACAAGGACAGGUUGCUUUACCCUCAGACCACGAGAUCGCCGGGGUUCAUCGGCCUCGACCCGACGAACGGCGCCUGGAAUGCGACGGACUUCGGUGACGGCGUCAUCAUCGGCUUAAUCGACACUGGCAUAUGGCCGGAGAGCGCGAGCUUCAAUGACAGUGGGCUCGGACCCGUGCGGCCGAGCUGGGGGGGCAAGUGCGUCGACGCCGACGACUUCAGAGCCAGCUUGUGCAACAACAAGCUGGUCGGCGCCAAGGCUUUCGACGCUGCCGCGAAGGCUAUGGCGGGGAUCAAGAGCAGCGGUACUGUCCCCUCACCGAGGGACAAGGUCGGACACGGCACGCACGUGGCCUCGACAGCCGCCGGCGCGGAGGUCCCCGACGCCGGCCUGUACAUGUUCUCGCAGGGGACUGCCAGGGGCAUAGCUCCUAAGGCGAGGAUCGCCAUGUACAAGGCGUGUGGCAUCCAUGGCUGCUCUGAGGCGGACAUCGUCGCGGCGGUGGACGCCGCGGUGAAGGACGGCGUGGACAUCAUUUCCAUGUCCCUCGGAGGCCGUCCGAGCCCCUUCCACGACGACGCCAUCGCGAUUGCCACGUUCGGUGCCGAGCGCAAAGGUAUCUUCGUCGCCCUCGCGGGCGGCAACGAGGGCCCCGAUGCAUCUACGGUGAGCAACUCGGCGCCGUGGAUGACCACCGUAGGCGCCGCCACCGUGGACCGGCUGUUCCCGGCAAACCUCACGCUCGGGAACGGGGUCGUGCUCGCCGGGCAGUCCCUUUAUACCAUGCAGGCCAAGGGCACCGGCAUGAUCCAGCUACUGUCCACCGAAUGCGGCAUGAUGGAGGCGGCGCAGAACUUCACGCCCGACAACAUCAUGGGCAAGAUCGUGGUGUGCACGACCAAAGCAACCACCCCGCAUGGCAUUAUGGUGCAGAAUGCUGGUGGAGCCGGGCUAGUUGCGGUGGACACUUCCAGCUGGUCGCGAGAUGGUAUCCCUGCCAGGGCCUUCACCCUUCCGGCUCUCACUCUCAGCCUCACCGCCGGCAAGAAGCUCAAGGCCUACAUGGCCUCGGUGCCGAACCCGGUGGCGUCUUUCAGCUUUGGCUGUGAGACUGUCACCAGCAAGAAUCGGGCGCCUGUGCUGACGAGCUUCUCGUCGCGGGGGCCCAACCUGGUCGCCCCUGAGCUCCUCAAGCCCGACGUCAUCGCGCCGGGAGUGAACAUUCUUGCGGCCUGGCCCGGCGACGCGCCUCUGUCGGGGGAUCCCCGCUUUGACGACGGGAGGAGAGCCCCCUACAACAUCAUCUCGGGGACAUCCAUGGCGUGCCCACACGUCGCCGGCGUCGCGGCGCUGAUCAGGAAGAAGUACCCCAGCUGGACGCCGGCCAUGAUACGGUCCGCGCUGAUGACGACCGCCGGGACGCUCGACAACAGGGGCAGGGACAUCCUCGACAACGGGGUCACCUACGGCAGCGUCAACACCACGGUCGCGACUCCGCUGGUGGUCGGAGCCGGGCACAUCCACCCGCAGCUCGCGCUGUACCCGGGCCUGGUCUACGACGCCGGCGAGCGGGACUACGUCGACUUCCUGUGCGCCAUGAACUACACCGCGAAGCAGCUACGCCUGUUCGUGCCCGACUUCGUCAAAUGCACGAGGACGCUCGCCGGCGGCCCCGCCGGCCUCAACUACCCAUCGUUCGUGGUGGUCUUCGAUAACCGCACCGACGUUCGCACACUGACGCGGACGGUGACCAAGGUGUCGGAGAUGGCCGAGACGUACAAUGUCACCGUCGUGGCGCCGGAGCAUGUGAAGGUGACCGUCACGCCGACGACCCUGGAGUUCAAAGAGCGGAAGGAGACGAAGAGCUACACGGUGGAGUUUAGAAACGAAGCCGGAGGAAACCAGAAGGCAGAGUGGGACUUCGGGCACAUCAUUUGGGAGAACAAGGACCAUCGAGUCAGGAGCCCUGUGGCCUUCCAGUGGAAGAACACUGAUGAUUUCCAGUAG